UACAGGUUUAAUUGUUGUAUAAGGUUUUGUUAUUCUCGAUAAUGAGCAUACGUCAUUUAUAGAUUAAUCGCCUCCCCCAUUUGAAAAGAUACCAGACAGGGCACCGUUGAGAAGCGGACUGCCUGAAGUUUAUGACAAUCCCCUUCCUCGGCUUCUCAGGUGCUAAGGUGACAGGUGUGGCCACCACGUCCAACUGAGGCUUUUACACCUCAUCUGUCUAUGUAGAGUAUAAAUAGUGAUCUGUCUAUAGUGAGACAGGUAGCAGUUAAUUUUUUUAAUGUGUCUCCCGUAUGUGUGUGUGCAUGUCUGGUGCCCUCAGAGGCCAGAAAAGGAAGGAACUGGAGUUAACAUCGAGUUUUGAGCUGGGAACUAAAACCGGAUCCUCUGGAAGACCAGUGAGUGCUCUUAACCGCGGAGCCAUCUCCCCAGUCUGAGAAACGUGGCAGUUUCUCACAUCAGGCUUCUGUGUGUUUUAGGAAACACCUCCCAACCCCCAUCUCUGAGGCCAUAAAAAUUCCUUUACAGUUUCUUCUAGAUCUAAAACUUUAAAAGUUUUGUUUCAUGUAUAUAAAAGUCCCACAUUCAAGCAUCUACUCUUCCUCCUCCUCCUCCCUGGCUGAGAAUCUCUUUUUCCCCCUUUCCCUUUACCCAUCUUCCUUCCAGACAAAGGUAAUACUGUGCUCACUCCCGGUCCUGGGUGGACCACUUGCUGGAGAUCCCGCCCGUUCUACAGGUUCCCGGGUCAUUCAGGAGUCUGACGGCAGGGGGCGCUGUAGGGAGGCGAGCCGGGCUCUCUGGCACGUCCUCUCGCCUCCCCCAGGGCUUCCGGCGCGCUCGUGGGCGCCAGCAUGGACCGUAACCCGUCGCCUCCGCCGCCUGGCUGUGAUCAGGAGAACGAGGAGGACCUGGCCGGCGGAGACUGCAUUGGGAGCACGGUCUACAGCAAGCACUGGCUCUUCGGCGUCCUCAGCGGGCUCAUCCAGAUUGUCACACCUGAAAGCGACAAGUCCAGCUCGGAUGAUGAUGAGCAACAGAUGGAACUUGCUGAAGACAUGGAGAAUGAAAUCUGCAGAGUCUGGGACAUGUCCAUGGAUGAGGAUGUGGCUUUAUUUCUCCAAGAAUUUAAGGCUCCUGACAUAUUCAUUGGCGUGCUGGCCAAAUCCAAGUGUCCCCGAUUAAGAGAAAUCUGUGUGGGAAUUUUAGGGAAUAUGGCUUGUUUCCAGGAGAUAUGCGUGUCCAUCAGCAGCUGUGAGGAUCGUGGGCAGGUGCUUCUGCAGUGUUUGUGCGACUCAGACCCACCCACUCUGCUAGAAACGAGCAGGUUGUUGCUUACUUGCCUUUCCCAGACCAAAGUGGCCAGUGUCUGGGUUGAAAGGAUCCGGGACCAUCCAUCUAUUUACCCUAGUGUUUGCUUCAUCAUGUCAAGUUCAACAAACGUUGACUUGCUGGUGAAGGUGGGGGAGGUCGUGGACAAGCUCUUUGACUUGGAUGAAAAGCUCAUGUUGGAGUGGAUUAGAAAUGGGACUACACGGCGUCCGGACCACCCCCAGGAGGACUCUGAAGAGCAGCCGGUGUUUUCGAUAGUACCCUGUGUACUGGAAGCUGCCAAGCAAGUGCGUUCUGAAACCCUGGAAGGGCUGGAUGUUUACAUGCACAUCUUACAGCUGCUUACCACAGUGGAUGAUGGAGUUCAAGCAAUCGUGCAGUGUCCUGAUACUGGAAAAGCCACGUGGGAUUUACUUUUUGACCUGGUGUGCCAUGAGUUCUGCCAAGCUGGUGACCCGCCCAUCAUACUGCAGGAGCAGAAGACCGUGCUAGCCUCUGUCUUCUCUGUGCUGUCUGCCAUCAGCGCUUCAUGGGCCGAACAGGAACGCCCGAAGAGAGAAGAAGUGGAUCUUCCUCUAAUUGACAGCCUAAUUCGGGUGUUACAAAAUAUGCAACAUUGUCAGGAGAAACCAGAGAACUCCACAGAAGAGCCUACAAACUGUGAUUCAAGCCAAGAUGACUUCCAUAUGAAGAUCCUGAAGGAUAUUUCAUGUGAAUUCCUUUCUAAUAUUUUUCAGGCAUUAACAAAGGAAACCGUGGCUCAGGGACUGAAGGAGGGCCAGUUAAGUAAAAAGAAAUGUUCCUGUGCAUUUCAGAGCCUCCUGCCCCUCUACAGCCCUGUGGUGGAAGGCUUCAUGGAAGUCCUGCGUGCGGUCGAUAAGGCUCUGGCUGAGGACCUGGAAGAAAGCUUCCCGAGGGUGAAGGCUCGGCCAAAGACUCAAGUUUGAGUCUCCGCUGUCCGAGGAAUAAACUAUGUUUUCUAUGGUUUGAA